ACGGUCUUUAUAGAUUCGUUGUUUUUGGUUGUUUUGUUCUCCGUGUUUUGCGACGCACGUUUCCCGCGCUUUAGUUAUCACCUGAUUUUCACUGUUUGUCUUCUCCUGCCGUUUGCCCAACCGACCCUCCGACUCGCUCGCCGACUGACUACCGGACUGACUGACAACUGAUUUGCGGACGGAUUGGUGAAGAUAAGGGACGCAAUGUCGACUGUGACGCGACGCCGACAUCGAAGAGAGCGCGUGUUCGCCCAGUACGCUGUUGUGAUGAUGGGACGGCAGCGUGUGUUCCGUGACCGCUUGAACCCUUUGGAGGAGUUCGAUGAGGACGAACUGCAGGAGCGCUUUCGAUUCGGUCGCGCGGGCAUUGUGUUCCUCGCCGACACACUGCGCCCGGACUUGGAGCGGCCGACGCGUCGCAGCCGCGCCCUCUCUGCAGAGCAGCAGGUCAUUGUCGCCUUACAGUUCUACGCCACGGGGAACUUCCUCAUCACCGCAGGGGACUACAUCCGUGUGCACGUCUCGACUGCUUCGCGGACUGUGAGGCGGGUGACUCAGGCCUUGGCACGUCGUGCCCAAGACUUCAUAGGGUGGCCAGGUGAAGCUGAGGGUCAUGCCUUACAACAGGCCUUCUUUGAGAUCGGUGGGUUUCCUUCGGUCGUGGGUGCUGUUGAUGGCACUCACAUUCGGAUACAGGCACCACAAGUGCAUGAGGAGGUGUACGUUAACCGCCAUCUGUACCAUUCAAUAAAUGUACAGUUAGUGGUUGACGUCUUUUACCGUAUCCGCAAUGUGGUUGCAAAAUGGCCUGGAAGCACCCACGGCUCUAGGAUAUUCACCGAGGGCUCGUUGUCAGGCAAGCUGGCCGAUGGCGUUUACGAGGGCCUACUGCUUGGAGACAGCGGCUACACCUGCAAGCCAUGGCUGAUGACGCCCUUCCUGUCUCCGUCAUCAGCAGCGGAGGUCGCCUACAAUGCGUCACAUAGCACAACGAGGAGCGUCGUGGAACGGUAA